UUGCCCUGGUGGUGUGGCACGUUCUGACGCUUUUCCACGUCGCAGUUCUCGUUUUGUCGCCAAUGGUAAGCGGUUGCGUAUACGACUCGAGCAAGGCCGGAGAAAGAUGGCGGCGCCCGUCCUGAGAGUGUCCACCCCUCGAUGGGAAAGAAUAGCCAGGCUCCUUGUUUGCGUCUUGGGUAUAUUGUUGUCCUUAUACGCCUUUCACGUGGAAACGGAAAAGUCUAGAGACACGAAUUAUCGGGCCAUGUGCGACGUGAGCAAUUCAAUCAGCUGUUCAAAAGUCUUCACCUCCAGGUGGGGUCGAGGAUUUGGACUGUUGGGCUCGAUCUUCGGAAACGACAGUGCAAUGAACCAGCCAAACAGUGUCUACGGAAUUGUAUUUUAUGUCUUUCAACUGUUACUAGGAAUCACCGUGAGUGCGAUGGCUGCCCUGAUCCUCAUGGCGACGUCCAUCCUGUCGGUGAUGGGCUCUCUCUACCUCGGCUACAUCCUCUACUUUGUCCUCGAGGACUUCUGCAUUAUCUGCAUCACCACAUAUGCACUUAGCUUCAUUCUCUUUAUGCUCAACUACAAGCGCCUGGUUUACUUGAACGAGGCCUGGAAGCAGCAGCUGCCGGUCAAACAGGACUAAG